CCAUCCGGUCCACUCAUCACGGAGCGGCGGCUGGACUCGUUGCCGUGGCAACGGCCAAACAGUCAGCACUCCCUCCGUACACAACACCGUGUUGCUGCUCUGCUUCCAAAAUGUCAGAAAUUUCCUCUGUUCUCAUGAGUAGCGAUCUUCAGUCGCCAAAAACUGGUCAGAUCUCCCAGAUCCCAGGACUGUCCCCAAACAUCAACGCUCUACCCGAGGAGAAGGCCAGAGGACGAAGGACUGGAGUCCUAGAAAGUGAUUCUGACUAUGUCAAACUUGCAAAACAAGGAGGCCAUAAGGGACUUCUGUGGCAUGAGGAAACAAAUACACCUGUAGCUAAAUCAUACAAACCUCCAGACUGGUUCUGCAUUGCAUCAGGAGACAACAGCAAACCGAGCGAAGAGAAGAAAAACCCUGGAGCUUUUCAAUCGCUAGAGCCCCCCUUCGGGACUGACAACAUGUCAGCCUGGGAGAGGGAUGAUAGCAGCAGCAAUGGCAAAGAGAAGAACAACAAUGUCCAUCACAGCCAGAUGGAGAAGCUGCAGUACAGUCAAUAUCACGAGGCCAGCAAAUUCAAGAGAAUAGUAUUUGACAAGAAACCAGCUCCUGUCGAUAUGUCUAAGCUGUUGAGCUUUGGUUAUGCAGAAGACAAUAAACCCAUAGCCAACACUGAUUUGUCAAGUUAAGAAGACUGCCAGUGCUGCAGGAAGAAAAAGGAUGAACAAACUCAAAUGCUUCCAACGGGAAUAGCUGCCAUCCUGUCCUCUAACAACAACCUUUCUGUACUCGUUCAUGCUGAGCCACGUCGAACGAUUUACUCAGUUUCAUUUGUUUUGAUAUGUUUAUUACUCAAGUGUGAAAGUGCUUCAUUGCACUGAAGCUAAGACCUUUUAUUUAUUGUGCAUGUUUGUCACACUUCAUUAACUGUAUUCCUCAAUUAAAGACGACACCAGUAACUCUUGUGUUAAGUUUUUGCAGCGUCUGUAAUUCUUUAAAAGACAGCUUUAAGGAAUAAAAUUCAAAUAAAAAUCAAA